GGGGUCUCUGUUCUUUCUCCAGACUUUAGAGUGACGGUUUUCGAGGCUGUCAAACGGGGUGUUUCUUACUUCCUGGAGUCAUGCCCGGGAUGCUGACCAUGAUGGCACAGGAUGGCCUGGGUCAGUACCAGGACCACAUUCACUUCUUUGAUAACCAGCAAGCACGGCAGAGCGGUCAGAUGCAGUCAAAGAAGGGCCUGAUGAAUAACAUGGGCGUCCUGCAGUCAACCGACGCUUUGGAAGCAAAGCAUGUUGACAAUGCCCUCCUGGCCCUGGCUCACCAAGAGUAUAAGCAAGGCAGCUAUCAAGACGCCAUGAGCCACGUCGCGCAUGUCCGCAUUCGGGACCCGAAGCGCACCGACGCCCUCCUCCUGCAGGGCGCCAUCUACUACCAGCUACAUAAUUUUGACGAAUGCAUCGAGCUGAAUCAAGAAGCCAUCAGGCUGGACCCGGGCUUCGCGGAAGCCUACGGGAAUCUCGCCAACGCCCUGAAAGAGAAGGGAGAACUGGACCUGGCAAUCCAGUACUAUCUUACCGCCAUACAACUCCGUCCAUCGUUCUGCGACGCUUAUAAUAACCUGGCUAGCGCUUACAUGAAGAAGGGAAUGCUGAACGAGGCCGCGGCAUGCUGCCGCUAUGCGCUGCACCUCAACCCGAAGCUGGCGGAUGCCCACAGCAACCUGGGCAACCUGCUCAAAGCCCAGGGGCUCGCGCACCACGCCUACUUCUGUUACUUGGAGGCGCUCAAGAUCCAGCCGACAUUCGCAAUUGCAUGGAGCAAUCUCGCGGGGAUCUGCAUGGAGUGGGGGGACCUGCCGCGCGCGCUCGCGUACUACGAGGAGGCGGUGCGGUUGAAGCCCAAGUUUGCGGACGCACACUGCAACAUGGGGAAUGUUCUCAAGGCUAUGAAUCGGCCCCAAGAAGCCGUCAACUCCUACCUCCAAGCGAUUCGGCUGCGGCCCGACUUUGCAAUUGCGCAUGGCAACCUGGCUAGCAUCUACUACGAGCAGGGGCAGCUCGAGCAAGCGAUUGCGACGUACAGAGACGCUAUCAUGCUGGAGCCGACAUUCGUCGAAGCUUACAAUAAUCUGGGCAACGCCCUAAAGGAUGCGGGACGAGUCGACGAGGCCAUCACCUGCUACCAGACGUCUUUGGCACUCCAGCCGAACCAUCCGCAGGCCCUCACGAACCUCGGCAACAUAUACAUGGAAUGGAACAUGCCCAACGAGGCCCUGUCCCUGUACAAACAAACGAUCAGCGUGACGACCGGCCUUUCCGCCCCGUACAACAACCUGGCGACCAUCUACAAGCAGCAAGGGUGCUAUGCGGACGCCAUUGCUUGCUACAACGAGGUCCUCAGGAUCGACAACCUGGCCGCGGACGGACUAGUCAACCGGGGCAACACGCUCAAAGAAAUGGGCCGCGUCUCCGAGGCCAUCCAAGACUACCUCCGCGCCGUCAACGUUCGUCCGAGCAUGGCCGAGGCGCACGCGAACCUCGCGUCCGCGUACAAGGACAGCGGACUGUCCGAGUCCGCAAUCCAGAGCUACCGCCACGCACUUCUGCUGCGGCCGAGCUUCCCGGAGGCCUUCUGCAACCUGCUCCACACGCUGCAGUGCGUGUGCGACUGGGACGACCGGGAAGCGCAGUUCGUGCAGCUGGAGAAAGUCAUCCGCCAGCAGAUAGAGAUCAGAGUCCUCCCCAGUGUGCAACCGUUCCACGCCAUCGCGUACCCCCUAGACGCCGGACUGGCCCUCGAGAUCAGCAAGAAGUACGCGGAGCACUGCCAGCUGGUGGCCGCGCGCUUCAACCUGCCGCCCUUCACCCACCCCCCUCCCAUCCCGCCCAGGGCUCCCAAGGGCAGCGGCCGCCUGAGAGUGGGAUACGUGAGCAGCGACUUCGGAAACCACCCCCUGUCGCAUCUGAUGGGAUCCGUCUUUGGCAUGCACAACAGGGACGAAAUCGAGGUCUUUUGCUAUGCCCUGAGUGUCAACGACGGCUCCGAGUGGCGUCAGCGCAUCUCGUCCGAGGCCGAGCACUUUUUCGACGUCUCCUCCACGCCCUCGGAACAAAUCGCCGCCCAAAUCGCCGCCGACCAGAUUCAGGUCCUUAUCAACCUGAACGGUUAUACGAAAGGAGCGCGAAACGAGAUAUUUGCGCUUCGGCCGGCACCGAUACAGGUGUCAUACAUGGGCUUUCCGGGGACCACUGGGGCUGAGUACAUUGACUACCUGGUUACCGACGAGUUCGUGUCCCCCUUCGAGAACGCCCCCAUCUACAGCGAGAAGCUGGUCCACUUGCCGCACUGCUACUUCGUGAACGACUACAAGCAGUCCAACCGCGACGUGCUCGACCCGCAAAACGCCCCCAAGCGCUCCGACUACGGCCUCCCGGAAGACAAGUUUUUGUUCUGCUGCUUCAACCAGCUGUACAAAAUGGACCCCCAAACGUUUGGCCGCUGGUGCUCGAUCCUGAAGCGGGUGCCUAACAGCGCGCUGUGGCUGCUGCGAUUCCCGGCGGCGGGGGAGAGCCGGCUCAAGAGCUGGGCCGUCUCUUACGGCGUCCAUCCAGACCAGAUCAUCUUCACGGACGUCGCCGGGAAGAGCGAGCACAUCCGGCGCAGCGCCCUCGCGGACCUUUUCCUAGACACCCCGCUCUGCAACGCGCACACGACCGGCACCGACGUCCUGUGGGCGGGCUGUCCGAUCGUCACGCUCCCGCUGCAGAAAAUGGCGACCCGAGUCGCGGGGUCGCUGUGCAUUGCGGCGGGGUGUGGAAAGGAGAUGGUUGUAUCAAGCUGGGACGAGUAUGAGGAGACGGCUGUCAUGUACGCCACUAACCCGGCUAAGCUCAAGGCCGUCACGGAGAAACUGCGGGCGGGGCGGCUCACGUGCCCUCUCUUCGACACGAAACGAUGGGUCAAGAACAUGGACACCGCGCUCAAGAAGAUGUGGCGUCUCCACUGCGACGGGCAGCCGGUACAACACUUCAAGGUGUUCGAGAACGAGCGCGUCUUCGAUUCCGAGGGAUCCCCCUCCCUCCUGGGUGCCAAAACCCCAGGCAGUGGUGCGCUCGCGCUCUCCGCUUUCUACUCCCUCAUGCCAGCCGCGAGCCUGGACAUCCCCCCGCAGACGAGCGGCAGGGACGGGGGGUUCGGAGCGCCCCUGCAGCCGGCCCCCCACCGCGACUUCAGCAGCCUGCGGGCGCUGUCGGGCGCGAAUGCGCAUUUUGGAGGAGGGGGGUCCGGUUACGUGGGCGCCCAGAACGAGCCGGAAACCUCUGGGAGGGGGUACGUGCUGCAGGAGCAGCAGACCCCCCCAACCGAACAGGAUGUGGCUUCCUUUCUGAGGGGGGGGAUCCGGCAACGGAAGGCCCCGGGUUAUUAUGCGUCUGACUCUAAUGCUGGUCUCGGAAUGGGAGGUCUGGAGGGGUAUGUGGGAUCUAGCGCUUAUGAUGGUUCGGCGGGUGUUGGCAGUCUGGCGAACUUUGGAAGCGCGGGAGGGGAUGAUUUUAAGGCUCUGGACGCUAGUGCGGUGCGGCGCGAGUUACUCUGGAAGAAUCAAUCUGGAGGUGCGGUUAACGGGCACGUCGGCGCAGGGAUUGGGGACAGAAGCAGUCAGCGCAUGGGAGACUGGAAGUCGGUGGGGUUAUCGGCAGACCAGGCGGCUGGGUUAUCCGCAAACCGUGCAGUUUUAACGAACGGGAAGCUGCCGUCGGGGUAUCAUAUCAGCGGUGGACUGGGGCUGACGCUUCAAAUGGGAGAUUCGGAUGUGCCGCAGAUGAAUUCGGACGGGUUCAGGGACGGAUCGGACGUAGCCCGGGGGACGAAAGGGGGCAGCCGGCCAGCUGCCGAGUGGACUUUCCAGAACGGGGCCGGGUUUGAAAAUGGGAACGUACAAAGGGAGGAUUGGGGUUCGGCAUUUGUCCGAAAGAGGGAAGUCAGGGAGGGCACUGCGAGUGCGCCGAUAGACAUAGAGGGUCUGGACGCAGUAGGUUCGGCGAAGGAUCCGAUUAGAAUUGGAGAGCGAGAAGACCCAGGCGCGCUGCGUUGGGAGAGGGCUGGGAGGGCUCCUGCGGGUGCCGCCAAGCCCCGUGGUUACACCGUGAUCAGUUUACAACAAGAGCUUCCAGAGUCCAUCCCAAAAGACGUAAGCAGGGGAAGCGGAUAUAGUUAGGAGUCCAGGCAGUCGUGACCAGCUUAUAGGAGCGAUUGGAGAUACGGGUCAUGUGGUCUGGAUUGGUUGAUUGCAUCAGGAGUGAGCGCACCGCAUUGUUCCGUCUUGUGCUUCGAGUCCACGGUUGUAUAGUAGUCGCUCAUUAGGACAGUGAAGGAGCACCCGCUGGUGUCUUCGUUUAGAAGAUGGCAUCUUCGCAUGUAUACGGAGAGUUUUUAGUAGAUACUCAUAAAAGCCCGGUUGUAAACAAGCCCGGCUUACCUCCGCUUGACAAUAAAGUCUUAUAAGAUCAUAGCUGAGGAACAUCAUCUUGGCUGCGCAUGCAAUGUGUGGCCUUGGUUGCAAGAAAAACUUGUCCUUCGAAGUUGGCAAGGAACCUAGAACCAAGCGUUGUGAUAAAUGCAGUGCACCGGCCUGGUGUUGAAUGCAAACCUAGGAUUCACCAAAUGUUAUUUGGAUGCCGAAUUUUGCCGUAAACCAGUGUCGAG